AUGGAGACCGUGGAGACUAGUCUGUGGACGGUACUGUCACAGCAAGCAGAAUCAGAGGAAGAUAUGAUAAUAGAGCCCGGUAUUUCCCCCAUUAAACCCCAAAGAAUAAAAAACCAGAACAUUGUUCACCGCUUAGAGUGCCGGCGCAUCAGUUCAGGCAAGGCCGGUGCCCACUGGCAUCAGGUUCGAGUAUUUUAUCAGAAUGUCUUUCCCAACUUCACAGUGGUUGAUGUGGAUGAGCCUCCAUGCUUCUUGCAUAAAUUCUCACCUGAUGGCCUCUACUUUCUUGCUUUUUCAUCUGACCUGACAUCUCUUCAAAUCUAUAAGUACCGGGGCUGCCAGGCAGCAGGAAACCUGCUGCAGGGAUAUGAGGGGGAAAUCCUGCCCAGAGGCCGUAGGCGGCCAGCAGUCAGCAUCCAGCGCCUGGUCUUUGAAUGUUUUUUUGUCUUGCUCCACAUUAGGAAGCUUACAAUCCUAGGUGAACAUCUGGACCUGGACUGUAGCAUUUUCACUAAUGAUAGCAAGUACGUCAUUGUGGGCUCCUCUUCCUAUGUCCCAUAUGAACACCAUCGUCCUUUCUAUGAAGUAUAUUGGAAUCGUGAGUCACUAACCUCCCAUCCACUGUUUCCUAUAGAGAACUACUGUCUCUACAUCAUUGACCUCCGCACUGGCCGCUUAUGUGAUAAACAAGCAUUUCACUGUGAUAAAAUGAUCUUGACACACAAUCAAGGCCUAUACUUGUACAAAAAUAUCCUAGCCAUCCUGUCAUUACUGCACCAGAACAUCCGUAUCUUCCAGGUGACUCCUGAUGGCACUUUUAUCAACUUGCGAACCAUUGGCCGCUUCUGCUAUGAGGAUGAUCUGCUCACAGUGUCAGCUGUUUUCCCUGAGAUGCAUCAGUCACGCCAGGCAGACCUGAUCAGUCUUUACAGGGAUACUUUCAUUGACUGUCUGAAACACCGGAUGCUCGUGUACCUGUGGCGGCAGGCAGAACGUCAUGGUAAUUCAGUCGCCAAGAAGAGCUUCUUCCGGUACUUUGACCAAAUGUUGAAGCUGCGCAUGUGUCAACUGCAGCUUCUCGAUGAAAACCAUCUGUUGAUUAAGUACACUAAGAACUUGAUGGCACUGGAUGUCACAGAUGCCACAGAUGCACCCCAGGCAUCUGUGUUUGUGGUGUACAAUAUGGUGUCAACGGAAGUGAUGGCUGUGUUUGAGAAUUCAUCAGAUGAACUUUUGGAACUCUUUGGGAACUAUGAUCUCUUCCAAGAAGCUACUCCACACAGUGAAAUCCAGUUUACCUGCUCAUCAUCUAGCAACAAUUUUACAAGACAGAUCAUCCAAAACCAGUUCAAAGACACAAUUAUAAAUGACAGGUAUGGGGAACAUGGGGACUCUGGGCACUGGCUACUGGAUCAGUUCCCUUUCUGUUGCAGUCCCUACCUGGAUAUGACUCUCUUUAGCUAUGAUAGCAGGUGUGUGUCAGUCAUGGAGCGGCCCAAGGCUUAUGAAGAUCACCCUAUCAGAUUUUAUGCCCAAGACUCUGGUCUGCUUAAGUUUCAAAUGCAGACAGGCUUAGUAGGUCGCCCCAUUAACCAUAAUGUGCAACACCUUGUUUCCUUCAUCUUUCAUCCUUCUGAGCCUUUUGCUAUCUCUGUGCAGAAGUCAAAUACACAGUAUGUUGUGAAUUUCCAUGUGCGACACAACAGCACAUAG